AUGUGCGACUGCUUCCACAUGGUGCUGCCCACCUGGCAGGGAGCCCCCGGCAGCGAGUCUGGGCGUAGGCUGCAACCAGAGGCAGAUGCAGAAACUGAAGAAGAGCACUCUGUGACAGAGGGGUUGGUGAACGAGACCAUUCGGCCACGGCCACAAGGCUCCUCGCCUGUCUAUGAAUGUGCCACUGAGGGCGCCGGCUUUGGAGUCCAGGAGGAAGCUCAGGGCAGACGUGCUCCCUUGGGGAGACGGAGGUCGUGGUGGAAGCGGGACUCAGGAGACUCCCGGACUCUAUCCAGGAUGAGCCAUCCAGAGACACUACGUGCUCCAUCCUUGCAGGAGACCACAGAGGUGACACUAAAGACCGAGGUGGAGGUUGGGGCCAGCGGCUACAGCAUCACUGGAGGUGGGGACCAGGGUAUUUUUGUCAAGCAGGUUCUCAAGGACUCCUCAGCGGCCAAUCUCUUCAGAGAAGGUGACCAGCUGCUCAGCACGACCAUAUUCUUCGACAACAUGAAAUAUGAAGACGCUCUCAAAAUUCUCCAGUACUCAGAGCCAUACAAGGUUCAAUUCAGAAUCAGACGGAAACUUCCCAACAGAGAGAAUGAACAAGGGACCUCAGAGGACCCCAAGAAACAGGAUGAGGAGGUCACUGAGGGCCCCACCAAGGUACCAGAAGGAGGCGGGGACCAGGACAGGCUCCUCCCCAGGCCGCGGGAGGGGCGCAGCCGCAGGCCCCAGGACAGGUUCUCCUGGCCCAAGUUCCCAGCCAUGGGACCCAAGUACAGGGCUGGGCCUCGGCGCUCACACAGCUCCUCCGAGGCCUAUGAGCGGGGCAGCCCUGCCAUGUCUCCCACCAGCACAGACACCGAGGCCCAGCACCCAGAGGACGAACAGAAGCUGAGCAGUCAGCAAAAGAGGCGUAUCCUCAGCCUACGGUUCCGGACACGUUCCGGGCGCAUGGGAAAAGGGGCCCGGGGUGGUCCAGCCUCGGGGGUCCGGGAGGAGGCAGCACCCCAAAAGACAGUGACCACUCUCAGCACAGAGCACAGUGUGGGAACAGGAGGGCCCAGAGAGGUGGCGGGCCCCACCCCUACACGUAGAAAGAAGACCAAAGAGGUCAGGGUCCUGGAGGAAGAGCCCUGGCCGAGGGAUCCUUGUGGUGACCUGGCCCGGGAGGAUGGUGGGGAUGUGGUGCAGGGGCUGGAAGUUGGCAUUGCCAAACUGUCUUUACAGGACACCACUACAGCCAGUAGCAUGCAGAGCACCUCCCCAGAAAUCCGGGUUCGCAUCCCCCGCUUGCAAACGCCCCGCUUUGGGGUUUCCAAACAAAAAGCUGAAGAAACAGAUGUCUUGGAAGCCCCCUGGGAACAGAGGCCAGAAAAGCUUUCAGAAGAGGGGCCUGGGGCAGACCUGCAUGGGCUGAGAAAGGGGGACUCCUUGCCUGCUGGGGAGCAGGAAGGGAAGAGACCCCAUGCUGAGGAGAAAGAGGAGGGCAGUGAAGGGAAGCUGAACAUGCCCAAGUUCAAGGUGCCCUUUGAGUGGUCUCCCAGUAAGGAAGUAAAGACAGUGAAGGUAAAACCUCCUCGGGAGGCCACAGUGGAGGCCAGGAGGCCACGGACAGAAACUGGGCAAGAAGGACACACAGCUGAUGAAAAAGAACGCCCACCAGUCCACACAGAGGUGAUGGGAGUCGAGGGGGCAAUCCAGCUGUCAGAGGGAAAGCUCUCACGGCCAGAUGGAGGUGAUACAAGAAAAGGGCUUCAGAUCAAAUUCCAGAGGCCCAGCAUCAAGAAGACAAAAGUGGAUCUGAAGCCCUCUCAGGUGGAGAGAAAGGACCCCAAAGUUGACCUGCAAACCCCUAAGGUAGACAUCAAUCUCCACAGUAUUGGGAGAGCUUUGCCCGAGGUGGAGGUGGGCACCACUGCUCCAGGGCUCUCCAUGGAAGCUAUGAAGGGAGAAGGAGAUUCCAAGCUAGGAGACAGGGACUCCAAGAGCAAAGAUGGCAAGUUUAAGAUGCCCUCCUUCAAGAUGCCGUCCUUUGGAGUGUCUGUGCCAAGCAAAGCCAUGGAGGCCUCUGUGGACAUGUCUCUGCCUCUGGCCCAGAGAGUAGGAGAGGUCUCAGUCCCCUCCCUGGAGGGAGAAGUCAAGCCGGGUGAUCUCAGCGUUCAGCUCCCAUCUACCGAUGUGGAAGUGAAGGGUAGAGAGGUGGGCGUGAAGCUCCCUGAGGGUCCGUUGCCAGAGGGAGACCUCUCAGGACAGGCUGUGGGCAUCGGACUCAAAGGGCACCUGCCCAAGUUUCAGAUGCCUGGAGUCAAGAUCCCCAAGGUGGACAUCAAGGCACCCAAAGUUGACUCCAAAGACCUUCAGGCAGAAAUUACCACCUCAGAUGUAGAUGAAUUCCUGCCCAACAUGGAAGUGGCCAUCCAAGCACCAAGCACCAAGGUGGAAGGAGUCUUAUCCAUGGGAGAUAAGAACUUGGCUUCUAAAGACAGCCAGUUCAAGAUGCCCAAGUUGAAGAUGCCAUCAUUUGAUGUGCCUGCACCAAGGAAAUCCACCAAAGCCUCAGUGGACACAUCCCUGCCUAAGGCCAAGACAAAGGAUUCUGUGCCCUCUUUGGAAGGACAAAUCAAGAUAGGUGAUGUGGACAUUCCAGCCCCAUUUUCUGGCACAGAAAUGCAGAGUGAGGAAGUUGUUGUGAAGCUACCUGAGGUCCAGUCGCCUAAAGGAGAACUCUCAGGACCAGACAUAGACAUUGGAUUCAAAGAACAUCUGCCCAAGUUUCUGAUGCCUAGCAUCAAGAUGGGCAAAAUAGACUUGACGGCUCCCCAGGAGGACCUUGAAGUUGACCUGAACACUUCCAAGGAGGAUGUCAGCCUCCCUGAUGUUGAUGUGUCUCUGUCUGGGGUGGAGGUAGGCACCAGUGUUACCAGGAUCUCCAUGGAAGCUGUGAAGGGAGAAGGAGACAUCACUCCAGGAGACAAGGACCUCAAGAGGAAAGAUGGCGGCAAGUUCAAAAUGCCAUCUUUCAAGAUGACAUCCUUUGGCAUGUCUGCUCCAAGCAAGUCAAUGGAAACUUCAGUGGACAUGUCUCUUCCUAAGACAAAGUUGGAUGUUUCUGUCCCCUCCAUUGAGGGGGAAGUUGAGCCUGGUGACCACAGCAUUCAACUCUCAUCUGCUAAUAUGGAAGUGAAAGGAGGAGAGGUGAGUGUGAAGCUACCUGAGGGCCAGUUGCCCGAGGGAGAACUCUCAGGAUCAGAUGUAGAAACCAGAUCCACAGGGCCCACGUUCCAGAGGACAGGAGUCAAUAUUCCCAAAGUGGAUAUUAAGGCCCCCAAGGUGAACAUAAAAGGUCUGAAAGUGGACAUGAAAGGUCCCAAAGUGGACAGGAAAGACUUUAAAGAACAGGUGGUCACCCCAGACGUAGACUUGUCCUUGCCUAGCAUGGAGGUUGACAUCCAGGCCUCUGACACACUGACAGAAGAUAAUUUAUCCUUGGGAGACCAGGACUUGGCCUUUAAGGAGAGUAAGUUCAAGAUGCUCAAGAUCAAGAUGCCAUCGUUUGGCAUGUCUACACCAAGUGAGUCCAUCAAGGCCUCAAUGGAAGAGUCUGUGCCUGAAUCCCAAGUAGAAGCCUCUGUGCUCACCAUGGAGAGAGAUGUCAAGAUCAGUGACCUGAGCAUCCAACUCGCAUCUGUCCACACAGAGGUGAAGGGUAUCAAGGUGGAUGUGAAGCUGCCUGAGGACCAACUGUAUGUGGGAAAGCUCUCAGGAUCAGAUAUAGGUGUUGCACCCAAAGGUCAUCCGCCCACUUUUGAGAUGGUCAUUGCCAAGAUGCCAAAAGGGGACUUGAAGGGCCCCGAGGUAGACAUCAAGAGCCCUGAUGAUGACCUGAAGGUCCCCAUGGUGGAUCUGAGAGACCCCAAAGUGGACUUGAGAGACAUCAAAGAGGGGGUGGCUACCCCAGACAUGGACAUGUCUCUGACUAAUGUGGGAGUGGCUCUCCAAACCAUGGGAGUAAAGAUGGAAGGAGGCUUGUCCAUGGGAGACAAUGACCUGGAUUCCAAAGACAGCAAGUUGAAGAUGCCCAAGUUCAAGAUGCCGUCCUUUGGCGUGUCUGCACCAAGCAAGUCCAUGGAAGCCUCGGUUGCUGUGUCUCCGCCAGAGGUCCAAGUGGAAGUCUCUGUCCCCUCCCUGGAGGGAGAAGUCAAGCCGGGUGAGCUCAGCAUUCAACCCCCUUCUACCGAUGUGGAAGUGAAGGGUGGGGAGGUGAGUGUGAAGUUGCUUGAGGGUCAGCUGCCAAAGGGAGAGGUCUCAGGACCAGACGUAGUCACCAGAUCAAAAGGGCACCUGCCCAAGUUCCAGAUGCCUGGAGUCAAGAUGCCCAAGGUGGACAUCAAGGACCCCAAGGUGAAUAUGAAAGACCCCAAAGUGGACAAGAAAGAUCCUAAAGAGUACCAGAAAUAUUUCAAGGGUAAGUUAACUACCUCAGCAGUAGAUUUGUCCCUGCCCAGCAUGGAGAUGGACAACCAAGCCCUGAGCACCAAGGUGGAGAGAACAUUGUCCAUGGGAGAGAAGGAUCUGGCUUUCAAAGGCAGCAAGUGCAAGAUGCCAUCCUUUGACGUGUCUGCACAAAUGGAGUCCAUCAAUGUCCCAGUGGAGGCGCCUCUAGCUGAAGCCAAGGUGGAGGCCUCUGUUCCCACCAUCGAAGGAAGUGUCAAGACCAGUAACAGGACCAUUCAACUCCCAUCUGCCCAUACAGAGGUGAAGAGUGUCAAGGUGGGCGUGAAGUUGUCUGAGGGCCACCUGACUGAGGGGGAACUCUCAGGACCAGAUCAUGGAGAGGGAGAACACUCAGGACCAGAUGUAGGUGCUUCACCAAAAGGGCACCUGCCCAAAUUUCAGAUGACCAGCAUAAAAAAGCCAAAAGUGGACUUAAAAGCCUCUGAAGUGGACACCAAGAGCCCCAAAGUUGGCUUCAAAACAAUAAAAGUAGACACCAGUCUCCCCGAUGUUGACAUAUCUCUGCCCGAAGUUCAUGCGGGCAUCACUACUCCUGGACUGUCCAUGAAAGGCAUGAAGGGAGAAGAAGAUAGCAGUCUAGGAGGCAAAGACUUCAAGAGUAAAGAUGGCAAGUUCAAGAUGCCCCAGGUCAAGAUGCCACCUUUUGACAUGUCUGCUUCAAGCAACUCUAUGGAGGCAUCAGUGGAAAUAUCUCUGCCUAAGACACAGGUUGAAGUCUUGUGCCCCUCCAUGGAGGGAGAAGUCAUGCUGUGUGACAUCAGCAUUCAACAACCUUCUACCAAUGUGGAAGUGAAGGGUGAGGAAGGGGGCAUGAAGCUGCUUGAGGGUCAGCUUCCAGAGAUAGAGCUCUCAGGGCAAGAUGUUGUCACCACAACUAAAGGACAACUGCCCAGGUUCCAGAUGCCUGGAGUCAAGAUUCCCAAAGUGGACACUGAGACCCCCAAGGUGGACAUUAAGGGGACCAAAGAGGACAUGAAGUGUCCCAAAGUGGAUAUGAAAGAUAUUAGAGGAGAGAUGACCACCACAGAAGUGGACUUGACCCUGACCAGCAGGGAAUUAGAUAUACAGACCCCCAGCAUGUUGGUCAAAGGUGAUCUGUUCCCAGGAGACCAGGACUUGACCUUUAAGGAGAGCAAGUUCAAGAUUCCAAAGUUCAAAAUGUCAUCCUUUGGUGUAUCUGCACCAAGUAAGUCCAUUGAGACCUCAGUGGAGACACAUCUGCCUGAGCCUAAGGAAAAGGCCUCUGUGCCCACCAUGGAGGAAGAUGUCAACAUCUGUCCCCCAAGCAUUCAACUCCCAUCUGUCCACAGAGAAGUGAAGAGUAUGGAAGGGAGCAUGGAGCUGCCUCAAGGCCACCUCUCGGGACUAGAGGUAGACAAUGUACCAAAAGGGCACCUGCUCAAAUUCCAGAUGCCCAGUGUCAAGAUGCCCAAAAUGGACUUAAAAAAUUCUCAAGAUGACAUUAAGGGCCCCACAGUUGACCUGAAGUCCCCCGAGUUAGACCUGAAAGACUUAAAAGAUAAGACUGCCACUACAGACAUGGUGCCUAGUUUAUGGGUGGGUAUCCAUACUCUGGGAGUAAAGGUGGAAGGUGAUGUGCCUGUGGGAGAAAAGGACUUUGCAACCAAAGACAGCAAGUUCAAGAUGCCAUCCUUUGGCGUGUCUGCACCAAGCAAGUCCAUCAAGGAGUCAGUGGAAGUGUCUAUGCCUGAGGCUCAAGUGGAAGUUUCUGUCUCCCCCACAGAGGGAGAAGUCAAGCCUUGUGAUCUUAGCAUUCAACUCCCUUCAACCGAUGUGGAAGUGAAGGUUAGGGAGGUGGGUAUGAAGUUGCUUGAGGGUCAGCUGCCAGAGGGAGAGGUCUCAAAACCAGAUGUAGUCACCAGAUCAAAAGAAAAAUUGCCCAAGUCCCAGAUGCCUGAAAUAAUGCCCAAAGUAGACAUCAAGGCCUCCAAUGUGGACAUUAAAGGCCCCAAAGUGGACAUAAAAGGCCCCAGUAUGGACAUGAAAGACUUCAAGGGAAAUAUUACCAUCCCUGAAGUAGACUUAUCCCUGACCAGCAUGGAGGAGGACAGUCAGGCCGUGAGCGUCAAGGUGGAGGAAGCCUUGUCCCUGGGAGACAAGGACUUGGCUUCCAAAGACAGCAAGUUCAAGAUGCCCAAGUUCAAAAUGCCGUCAUUUGUCUUGUCUGUGCCAAGCAAGUCCAUCAAGGCCUCAGAGGAAGUGUCUCUGCCUGAGUCCCAGGUAGAUGCUUCUGUACCCACCAUGGAGGGAGAUGUCAAGACUAGUGACAUGAGCAUUCAACUUACAUCUGAGCAUACAGCAGUGAAGGGUGUCGAGGUGGGCAUGAAACUGCCUGAUGUCCACUUCUCAGAUGUAGGCGAUGCACCAAAAUGGCACUUGCCCAAAUUCCAGAUACCCAGUGUCAAGGUGCCCCAAUUGGACUUAAAGGCCUCUCAGAUGAAUAUCAAGGGCCCUGACAUUGACCUGAAGGCCCCCAAAGUGGACUUGAGAGGUCCCAAAGUGGAUGUGAAAGACCUAAAGGGUGAGGUGGCCACCCCAGACAUGGAGAUGUCCAUGCCUCAUAUGGAGAUGGAUAUCCAGAAUCUGGAAAUCAAGAUUGAAGAUGACCUGUCUGGGGGAGACAAAGCCUUGACUGCCAAAGACAGCAAGUUCAAGAUGCCGUCUUUUGGUGUGUCUGUACCAAGCAAGUCCAUGGAGGCCUCAGUAGAAGUGUCCCUGCCUGAAAGACAAGUAGUGGUCUCUGUCCCCUCCAUGGAGGAAGAAGUCAAGGCAUGUGAUCACAACAUUCGACUCCGUUCUACUGAUGUGGAAAUGAAGGAUGGGGAGGUGGAGGUGAAGCUGCUUGAGGGUCAGCUGCCAGAGCGAGAGCUCUCAGGACCAGAUGUAGUCACGAGAUCCAGAGGGCAACUGCCCAAGUUCCAGAUGCCUGGAGUCAAAACACCUAACGUGGACAUCAAGACCCCCAAGUUGGACAUCAAGGCACCUCAGGUGGAAAUCAAAGACCUCAAAGUGGAUAUGAAGGGUCUCAAAUUGGAUAUGAAAGGCCUGAAGGGGGAGGUGACCACCCACAAAGGCAACAUAUCCCUGUCAAGAAUGGAGAUGGACAUCCAAACUCCGAGUGACAAGUUGGAAAGAGGCUCAUCCCUGGGAGAUAAGGACCUAGCUUCCAGAGACAGCAAGUUCAAGACGCCAUCGUUCAACAUGUCUGCACCAAGCAAGUCCAUCAAGGGCUCAGCGGAGGUAUCUCUGCCUGAGCGUGAGGUAGAGGCCUCUGUGUCCACCAUGGAGGGAGAAGUCAAGAGUGGUAACCUGAGCAUCAAACUCCCAUCUGUCCACAGAGAGGUGAAGGGUGUCAACAUGGGCAUGAAACUUCCUGAAGGCCAGUUGCCUGAGGUGGAGCUCUCAGAACUCGACGUAAGAGAUGCACCAAAAGAACUCCAGCCCAAAUUCCAGAUGACUCCUGUGAAGAUGCCAAAAGUGGACUUUAAGCUCCCCCACGUGGAUAUCAAGGAUCCCAAAGUGGACAUGAAAGACCUAAAUGGGGAAGUGGCCACCCCAGACAGGGACAUGUCCCUAUCUUGCAUAGGAAUGGAUAUCCAGACUCUAGGAGUAAAAGUGGAAGGUGACUUGUGCCUACGGGACAAGGACUUGGCCACCAAAGACAUCAAGUUUAAGAUGCCACCCUUUGGCAUGCCUGCACUUAGCAAGUCAACUGAGGCCUCAGUGGAGAUAUCUGUGCCUGAGUCCCAAGUAGAGGCCUCAUUGCCCACCAUGGAGGGAGAGGUCAAGAGUGGUGACCUGAGCAUUCAACGUCCAUCUGUCCACACAGAGAUGAAGGGAGUUGAAUUGGGCAUGAAGCUGUCUGAGAGUUCUCUGUCAGAGGGAAAGCUCCCAGGACCAGAUGUAUGUGAUACAUUAGAAGGGCAACAUCGCAAAUACCAGAUGCCCAGUGUAAAGAUGCCAACAAUGGAUCUUAAGACCCCCAACAUGGAUAUCAAGGGCCCCAAAGUUGACAUGAAAAAACCCAAGUUGGAUAUCAGUAUCCUUGAUGUUGACACAUCUCUGCCCAAAGCAGAGACAGACACCGACCUUAAGAUCAAAGACAGUAAAUUCAAGAUGCCCAAGCUCAAGAUGUCGUCCUUUGGCACGUCUGCACCAAGCAAGUUCACGGAGGCCUCUACAGAAGUAUUUCUGUCUGAGGCACAAGUGGAAGUCUCUGUCUCCUCAAUGGAAGAAGAAAUCAAGUCGUGUGAUCUCAGCAUACAACUCCCUUCUACUGAUGUGGAUGUGAAGGGUGGGGAGGUGAAUGCGAAGCUACUUGAGGGUCAGCUGCCAGAGAAAGAGCUCUCAGGACCAUGUGUAGUCACCAGACCCACAGGACAACUGCCCACGUUCCAGAUGCCUGAAGUGAAGAUGCCCAAGGUGGACUUCAAGGCCUCAAAAACGGAAAUCAACGAUACAAAGUCUGUUCCCUCCCUGGAGGGUGGGAUUGAGCCUGGAUACCACAGCAUUCAAGUCCCGUCUGCUGACCUGGAAGUGGAGGGUGAGGAGGUGGGAGUGAAGCUCCCUGAGGGUCCAUUGUCAGAGGGAGACCUCUUGGGACAGGCUGUGGGUAUUGGACUCAAAGGGCACCUGCCCAAGUUUCAGAUGCCUGGAGUCAAGAUCCCCAAGGUGGACAUCAAGGCACCCAAAGGGGACAUGAAAGGCCCCAAAGUGGACAUGAAAAGCCUCAAGCAGGAAGUGGCUUCACCAGAUAUGGACUUGCCCCUGUCUAGAGUGGAAGUAGACAGCAAAGCCCCAGAAGCCAAGGUUGAAAGUGACGUGUCCCUGAGAGACAAGGACCUGGCUUCCAAAGAUGGCAAGUUUAAGAUGCCCAAGUUUAAGGUGCCUUCGCUGGGUUUGUCUGUGCCCAACAAGCCCAGGAGGGUUUCUGUGGACAUGUCCCUGCGUAACACCCAGGUGGAAGAGCCUGUCUCCUCCAUGGAGGAAGAAGCCCAACCUGCUGAUCUCAGCAUCCAGCGUUCCUCUCUCGAUGUGCAAGUGAAGUGUGGCGAGGUGGACGUGAAGCUACCUGAGGGCCAGCCACUCUCUGACUCAGACAGAAGCACACCUGGACUCCAGGGGCACCUGCCCAAGUUCCAGAUGCCUAGCGUCACAAUGUUAAAAGCUGACCUGAAGGCCCCCGGGGAGGAGCCUGGGGCUAGUGGUGCCCAGUUCUCGCGGAUCCCAAAGGUGGGCUCUUUGGCUGUUCCUUCAGACACGCAGGACUGCCAGCCUUCACCUGUGGAGUCCUCCCACCUCUCCAUCAGGGAUGGUGUCGCUCUGACAAAGGACCUGGUCACAAUCCCUGUAGCCACCAGACUUGCUGAGUGUCCAGAGGACACAACACUUGUGCUUCACACUGAUGCACCCUGCCCCAGCCUCCAGGGUGCAGCUGAGAUGCAACCCCGGGCUCCCGAGCAGCACAUGGAUGUAGCCCCUAGCCCUGUGGCGUUCCUGGCUUCUGCUACCUAUGCAAGGGUCACUUUUCCUAAAUUUUAUAAACCAAAGUUCGGGGUUUCAGUGGUGACUCCCAGUGCCGCUGAGGACGAGGACAUGGACACUGCAGCUCUGAGGACGGGCACAUCCCUUCCACCCAGCACGGCUCUGCUGUCUGGGGGCACCCUGGUCUCCGAGGGGUUGGAGGGCCACUCUGAGCCUGAUGUCACAAUGGCCAGCAAGGACAGUGAGCAAACCAGGAAGGGCAGUCCCUUCAAAACAGCACGGUUCAAGCUUCCUUCCCUCAGCCGCUCUCCUAAGAAGGGGGUGGGACAACAGAGAGGUCCUGAGGGCGAAGUGGAGCUCAGCCUGGGCCUGGACCCCACCCCACCCAGCAUGCAGACUGGGUGCUAUGUGCUUACAGCAGAAGGGGAGGCAAAGCUGCCCCUGGAGACAGAAGGCGUGAAGGGGCAGACGGAGAAGUCGAGCUUGGCCACGCCCACAUUCCAGCUCUCCAAGGGGACAGGCCGGCCCCAGGCUGAGGCCCAGGGGUCUCUCUCCUGGAGCUCUGCAGCUGCAGGAAGGAACAGCAAUGAUGGGGGUGAGGCUAGGGAGGCCCCCAAAGCCAAAGUGACUGGGAGCCGAUCAGAGACCAGUCUUCCUGAGCAUGACUCAUUUCACAGUGAAGGCCAUGGGGUCCAUGGACCCUUGGGUAGCUCAGUGCUGCCCACUCCCAGGGAAGGCACAGUCCCCCCUAAGGAAGAGAUGCCCCCUUCUGCUGGGGUCCCACUGGACUCUGAAGCCCCCUUAGUGCAGAGCCCUGGGGGCACGGGUCAGGUGACUGGGGUGCGAGCAGGCUCACAGGAUGGCUGGUUCCGAGUGCCCAGGUUCCGAAUGUCUGGCUUCUGGCGUACGGCCACCAAGGACAAGGAUGGGGCUGCCUCGGCCAUGGCCCCGGGCCCUGGUCCUCAAGGUGAGGACAAGGCAGCUGGAGUCCAGGGUCAGGACUCCUAUGAGUCUAGAGUGGAAGUUGCCACGACCCCACAGCUCACAGAUACUGAGGCUGACGGACCAGCUGAGACCAGGUCCCAGGAUGAUGUCCUGGAAUGCAGUGUCCAUGGCCCAGGCUUGGGGCUGUCCCCCCCUGUGGGAGCGGCCAUGCUGAAGGAGGCCAGGGUGCGCCCUGGGGAAGGCUCCCUCCUGCUCCAGAGUCUGUCAGCACACCAGGCUGCCCCAGGACAGUCAGACAAGCCAGGUCCUCCUGAGCCUGGGGACCAUCGAGAAGGACCUGUCAAACUCCGGACGGCACAGACUGAGACACCAGCCCGGGUCUCCAUCGUGCAGACAGAGCAGCUCUGGGAGGAUUCCGUGGUCACCGUCACCUUCCCCAGGUUGAAGGGGCCCAGGUUUGCUUUCCGUGCCCCCAGCACAGAUGCUGAUGUUUUUGUCCCCUCUGUGAGAGAAGUACCAUGUCAAGGGGCAGGUUCCGGGGGGCCCAUGGGCAGGGACAGCACAGACGCCUGGGUGGCCAGCAUCUUGCAGCCUACAGACACAGGGCAGUCACCAGCAAUGACUUCACUCUCCAAGGUGAGGGUGCACAUCCAGGGCACUCAAGUGGCAAGCCAGGUGGUCACUGUGUGUGGUGGGGUCCCGCUCGGGCCUGGUGAAUCCUCCCCGCCAGAAGCUUUCUCCACUCAGAUUGUGCGAGAGUCCCAAGUGCCCUCCUCUGAGGUCCAAACGCCCACGUAUGGCUUUUCCCUGCUCAAGGUGAAAAUCCCUGAGCCCCCAACACAGACUCUAGGCCACACAGCCACUUUUGGCUCCCAGUCGGAAGAUAGGCCAACAGAGGUUCCCCAGCAAGAGGCCUCAGGAGCAGACCCCACUUCUGCAGACCUGCAGCUAGAUGGGGAGCCCUUUGAGAUCAUCUCAGCCAGCGUCAGCACACCCACAGCGCCCGGCUCCCCACACACUAACAGCUGCUCAGACGAGGAGCCACCAGAGAUCCUGGAGCUGGAGGUCCCCUCCAAGGACGGCCAGGAGGAGGCCGACCAGCCAGGUGGAGAUGGGGGUCACGAGCCCAGACCUGCAAGUAAGAAACCGGCUGGUCUUUUUCGGUUUUGGCUUCCAAACAUUGGGCUUUCAUCUUCUGGGGAGGAGACGAGCAGUUCUGAUUCUAAAGCUCAGGUCCUGGGACCCUCUCCCAUCCAAACGCAGCCCGAGGCUCGGCCAGAGGCAGAGCUGCCUAGAAAACCAGACAAAGGGGGCUGGUUCCGAUUUCCCAAAUUGGGUUUCUCUUCAUCUCCCACUAAGAAGACCAAAAGGACUGAAGAUGGAGCAGUGCCUGAGGAGCAAAGACUCCAAGAAGAAACAGCCAUCUUUUUUGAUGCCUGUGAAAGUCUCUCCCCUGAAGUCAAGGAUGCAGAGCUGGCAGGGGCUGUGCACGCAGGCCAAGCUCCAGAGGAGGGACCGUGA